AUGACGCUCUCGGAGGUGCAGGCGCGCGUGGCGGCGCUGAACUCGUCGGUGCAGAGCAUGCAGACGGAGGUGCACAACGCUGUGAUGCUCACCGCUGAGAUCUGGCGCAUCACGGCUGGCGUGUUCGUGUUCCUCAUGCAGCUGGGCUUCUCCCUACUGGAGGCGGGCACCGUCCGCUUUAAGAACACGCGCAACAUCAUGAUAAAGAACGUUCUGGACACGUGUGUGAGCGCCAUUGCCUUCUGGCUGCUGGGCUAUGGCAUCGGCUUCGGCGAGGGCUCCAAGGUGUUCGGGUGGAAGUACGACGACGGCUCGAUUGCUUAUGCGAGCGGGCAGAAUGGAGUUGAUUGGUUCUUCCAGUUCACCUUCUGUGCCACGUCAGCAACAAUUAUUGCAGGGGCGGUGGCGGAGAGAACGCACCUCUGGGCCUACCUCACCUUCAAUUUCUUCCUGUCAGCGCUCAUCUACCCGGUCAUAGCCCACAUGAUCUGGUCGCAGGGGGGGCUGCUGGCGGCCAGUCAGACCAACACAGUGCUCAACACUAUAGGCGUUCUGGACAACGCGGGGUCGAUGGUGGUGCACGUCACUGGUGGCGUCACGUCGUUGGUGGGGGCGAUUCUAGUGGGCCCGCGCAUAGGUCGGUUUGACAUUGACGGCAAAGUGGUGCCCUUCAAGUGCCACUCAGUGGUGUUCAUAGCAGCGGGCACCAUCAUCCUCUGGGUGGGCUUCUACGGCUUCAACGGGGGCUCAGUCUCCCUGGUCGGCCAGCCGCCCCUGCAGUGGGUGCAGGAGGUGGCGCGCGUGUGCGUCAACACCACCAUCUCAGCCUCCUUCAGUGGCGUCACCGUGUGGACGCUCACGUACCGGCGCAGGGAGCCCGUGCCAGAGGACACGUUCAACGGGGUGAUUGGCGGGCUGGUGGCCGCGUGUGCCACCAGCAGCGUGGUGGAGCCGUAUGCUGCUGCGAUUAUUGGGGUGGUGGCGGGGCUUAUGUAUCUGCUGGGGUGCUGGCUCAUGUUCCGGUACCAGAUAGACGAUCCAGUGCAGGCGGCACCAACGCACCUGUUCUGCGGGUCAUGGGGUGGCGUGGCAGCAGGGCUGUUCGCCACCAAGGAUGGCAUCACCGCCACCUACGGCGUCUCCCCGCCCUCCUGGGGGCUGUUUUAUGGUGGGGGCGGCUGGCAACUGCUCGUGCAGAUCCUAGCGCUGCUGCUAGUGUACGCGUGGGUGGGCAUCACCACAUACGUGCUCUUUGUGUUUCUCGGCGCCUUUGGUGUGCUGCGAGUCAAGAGGCAGGAGGAGGAGGUUGGUUUGGACGUGGCCUUCCACGGGGGCGAGGACGAGGGAGAGGAGUUUGACAUGGAGGACAGCCAGUACGGCGGGCGGCGCUUCCUCACCGGGCGCUCCAUGCACCACCGCAUGCCGGGUGUUCUGGAGACCAUCGUGCGCAUGCUCAACCCCAAGCGCUGGGGCCGCCCAGGCGGGCCCGCAGAGGCGUUUGGGCAGAAGCGGGACGUGUGGCACCGGGCGCUGGAUAAUACCCCCUAUGGGCAGUUCUCGCUGGCCAUGUAUGAGGCGAACUAUGUGAUGGAGGACACGGCUGAGGUGGAGGGCAGCAGCAGCGGGGUUUACAUUGGCGUGCAUGACGGCCACGGCGGGACUGAAACGUCGGAGUUUCUGAAAGAGAAUCUCUACUUCAACCUCAAAGCGCAAUUCAUGCACCAGGGCGGGCAGGUGUCAGCAGAAGCAGUGCGAGGAGCCUUUCACGAAACAGAGACAGCUUUCACCCAGGUGGUGCGGCAGUCAUUUGAAGCGAGCCCCCAUCUGGCAACAGUGGGGUCGUGCAGUGUGGUGGCGGUGGUCACUGGGAAUGCCCUCUGGGUGGCCAAUGUGGGCGACUGCAGGGCCGUGCUGGGGCAGGUGCGCAAGGGCGACGACAACUCUCUGGAGUGCCGUGCCUUGCAGCUAUCAGUGGAUCACAACCUGUCCUUCGCUUCCAUCCGAGAGAAGUUCAUCGAGGAGCAUGCUGACAUGCCCGAUGCUGUGGUGGAGAAGCGCGGGGGGUUCCGAGUCAAGGGCAAAGUGACGGUCACCCGGUCCUUUGGCGACCUGUAUCUCAAGUCGCACGAGUUCAACCGCGAGCCGCUCUUCUCGCGCUUCCGAGUGCCGGAGCCCUUCCACCCGCCCCUCCUGUCGUGUGAGCCCAACAUCGCGGUGCGCCUGCUGUCGCCACACGACUCCUUCGUCAUCCUCGCCUCCGACGGGCUCUUUGAGUUCAUCAGCAACCAGGAGGCUGUCGACAUUGUCGCCAGCAGCCCCCGCAAGGACAUCGCCCGGCAGCUGAUUCGGGCGGCGCUGCGGCGGGCGGCGGAGAGGCGGGAGAUCCGGUACCAGGAUCUGCUGCGCAUGGCGAGUGGGCAGCGGCGGGAGUACCACGAUGACAUCACAGUGGUGGUGUUCUUCUUUAACCACGAGGCGAGGAAUAAGCACGCCAAGAGCAACAUGACUUGGAACCAUGACAUCUCCUUCAAGGGCGGCAAGGAUGCUCGACUCGCCCUCAACGCCGCUGCAGCAGCUGAUCUCACGUCGCCCUCAAAACAAGGAACUAAUGAGGCGCGAGCAGCCCUCUCCUCCGCGUCAGGCUCCCUCGGCCGAACCACCUCCUCCGUGCCGGAGGAUAAGGUGCUUGAAAUGGAGGAGCUGCCGGCUCCGGCCCGAACCAACAGCCGAACCUUCUUAACAUGGUCUCAGUGA